ACAACUUAUCGACGCGGUGAACUUCUGGCCUUUGUGUAUUUGCUUGUUUCGGUAACCUUGAUUCCGAUUUUAGCUCUGAAUUCGCCCGACACAUUGGAACACGAUGAUACUUGUGCACCACUUGUUCAGGACGGAAAAGAAAUUCCACAAAGGGCGGCAUACCGUGUAGAUGACAAACGCUCCUUCGGAAAACCUGGGAGUGCGUCUCACCCGGUUCAUAAGAAACACUGUGAAAUGGACGAUAAGCGAUUUUCGUCGGUGUUUCCUGGACAACCACAAGACUGUGCUGACAUCCAAGGCAAUGGGGUGAACAUCAGCGGUAUCUACGGUAUCUAUCCUGGUGGAGUCGGUAGGCCAUUCAACGUCUACUGCGACAUGGACACCGACGGUGGGGGCUGGACGGUUUUCCAGCGUCGAAUGGACGGUUCUGUGAGCUUCUCUCGAAACUGGUCGGACUAUAAGAUCGGCUUCGGAAGCAUCUCUUCCGAACACUGGCUAGGCAACGACAAGAUUCACCAACUGACUAACCAGAAGAUGUACGAACUAUGGGUCGAUCUGGAGGACUUUGCGGGGGAAAACAAAUACGCGAUUUAUUAUCGUUUCAACGUGGGCAAUGAGAGCGAUCAGUACAAGCUGAAACUCGGCAGUCUCAUCAACGGGACGGCAGGUAAUUGUUUCGGCAGGCACUCUGGUUCUGCAUUCAGCACCGUAGACCGGGAUCACGACGAAUCACCCACUAGGCAUUGCGCUAAUUACUAUGAGUCGGGUUGGUGGUUUAAAAAUUGCUAUUGUUGCAACCUCAAUGGGCACUAUUAUCUAAACCCUACUGGAUACAAAAAUGGCGGUGUGAUAUGGCAGACCUGGCACGGCUACAAAUACUCUCUCAAAGGGACUGAAAUGAAGAUUCGGCCAGUGAACCCCUGAUGACAUCUUAAAGAGUUCUCCAGUGACCGUUAAGGAAGUUCGUCAUCCAACCAGCAAAAUUAAACUGUAUCAAUCCU